CCAAAAAAAAAAAAAAAGAAAAGAAAAAAAGAGAGAAGUCGAAACAAACCAGCUCCUUUGCAAACCUGACUGAAGAAACAAAACCCACCUAGGGCUUAUCUUUCCUUUUGUCCUAGCUGUAUUUUUUUCUUCUUCGAUUCCAAAUCCUUGGUUUUUCUUUAAAGCCUUUCGGAUUCUCUCACUACAAUUUUGGAAUCCAGAUUUUAUUGCUGGGCAAGUUCGUGAUUGAGAUAUGAGAUCAUAUCAAACAAUUUUUUGCUUCUUAGAUGGUGGAUAGAGGAUCUCGAAGGAAUGUCUGACUUGUGUAUGUAUAAGGACUUUUGCAAUUCAAGUUCAAGCUAAGGACCAUGAAAUGGAUGUCGUAGUAUAAUAAGAUAUCACUGGUAUUUGCUGAUCUUGUGGUCGGUCAUAAGUUGGUGUAGCUGAUGUUGCCAUUGAGAUGAAGGCGACAUCACUAGUAACUGCUCAAGGAUAAUAUUUGGAAGGACUUCACUGAGAAUGAUGAUUAUAUAGUGCCUCAUCUUGGUGAUGAACUUUGGGAUCUACUUGAAGUACAGAGUGAUAGUCUCGGGAAUUCUAAUUGCAGAGUUGGCUUUAUAAACGAUGCUUACAGUGCAACUAAGUUCAGUUUUCUUGGUAAGGAGAAAGUAAAAACACAAACAUCAAUCAUGAAGAGUACGGUGCUGGAAAAAGAUUCAUGGUCUCAUAUGCCUGAUGGUGUCCCUUCUUCAUUAAAAAGUGACUCAUUCAAAGAUACGAAAAUGGAAUCUAGUAGUCUUACUAUGUCAAACAAUUGCUUUAAAACAGACGUGGGUACAGAUCUUGAUUACUGCACAGAUGAUCAUAUUGUAACUGACAAUAGUGCUGCAGACGAGAAUGACAUGUAUCAAUAUUCAGUCAGUCACAUUUCCCAAACAGAUAAUGAUAUUAGUUUUCUGGAUGAUGAUCGUGAAAACGAAGAAAAUAACGAUCUUCUGUAUUAUGGGUGGCAAGAUAUAGGAAGCUUUGAGGAUGUUGAUAGGAUGUUUAGAAAUUGUGAUUCAACAUUUGGGCUUGGGAAUCUAAGCAAUGAAGAUGAUCUACGUUGGUUUUCCCCAUCCCAUGGCUCGGAAAAACUUGAAGAUCCAUCAAAGUCAAACUUUAAAUUUUCAUGCUGUGAAGGAAGUACAAUAAAUGAUGCAUCUGAAUUUAAUGAAGAGUCUAAUCCCGUGAAUUCAGAGCCUUCAUCUGAUGGUUUGAACAGAAAUAACAUUUUAAAUGGUUGCAAGAUGAAUGAUGGGAUUACCGACAUUGGUGACUCUGCUGCUAUGAGUCACUUGUCAGCUGCUGACAUGGCAGAUAGAAAAGGCGAUUCUAGAGGUGACUUGAUACCUAAAAAACAGGAGUCAUCUUAUGCAUCUAAUCAACUACAUAGCUCUCAUUAUCCUUCCUUUGACGCUCCAACAAUUGCAGCAAAUGAAAAUAGAGAGAAACUGUACCACCAGGAUUUACCAGCCUCAUUCAAUAAGAAUUUCACUUUUAUGUCUGUGCCAAGUUCGGAAACAUUCAAUACUUCGUUUCCAGUUAGGAAGCAGGCUUCAAGGUCUGAAAGUGAAAUUGAUGAUGGUCACAGCGAAACUGGAGUAGUUAGCCGAGGAAGUAGAGCAGAAUUAGAUUCUUCAAAUGCUCAAGAUAAGUCUUGCAGGAGCACUAGGCUGGAUGGAAUCUCACUGGAAGCAACUAGUUUUCGCCAGCUUCAACAAGUAAUGGAGCAGUUGGAUAUCAGGACAAAACUAUGCAUAAGAGACAGCCUCUAUCGCCUGGCAAGAAGUGCAGAGCAGAGACAUAACUGUGCAAAUCUCAAUGAGAAUAUUGGUGAAGAUAAAUUUGUUAGAGUUGCUUCGUCAAUUGAUCAAGAUCCAAAUAGGAGUGGAGGUUUUCUGGAUUUGGAAACUGAUACCAAUCCUAUAGACCGGUCAGUGGCCCACUUGCUGUUUCACAGGCCUUCAGAUCCAUCAUUAAUGCCUGCUGGUGGUAACACCUUGCCACUGAAAUCUCACAAACUGGUGUCAGCCGAAAAACAAAAUUUCCAGGACGAAACCGGUGCAGCUGCAGCUUGUGCAGCAGAUCAAAAGCCACUGUCGAAUGGGAAAAAACUAUGAGCAGUAAGCUCUGUAAAAUAUUGUGUAAUAACACGCGUGAGGCCCGCCAUCGAUGCAUGGAGUGAUUCCAAUACUCCUUUAUAACCUACCUUAAGCUCUGUGAUAUGUGUUCCCAAUUCCUCCAUGCAUCCUUGUUGGUCCAGCUCCUUCAAAUCCUUACCUUGAAAAGCUAAGUAGGCUAUAAUUCUACUUGUCUUUGGCUAAUGUAUUAAGAGCCUGUUUUAAUAUGCUGAUUACAAAAUUGUCAUGUGCAUUAGUUAUUGCUUUGAUAGGCUAAUCACAAUUCACAGGUCUUGUUUAUACAGUCAGCUGGUGGAGGCUCCUCUCUUCUUGGUUAUAUUUGUUGUUUGCAAUUUUUUGUCCCUGUGGUACUUUUAGGAAAUGGUCUGGCCAUGAUUUUUUGGAAAUUUAAAUUAUUCCUGUUUGUAUGUUUUA